AUGUUCGACCUCUUUGCUACGCUCCUCUCCUCCGUCACCUCCUUUCUUUUUCCCAUCUUCGCCUCGUACAAGGCUCUCAAGACGUCGGAUCCCGCCCAGCUGACGCCAUGGCUCAUGUACUGGGUCGUCUUCAACUGCUGCCUCCUCGUUGAGUCCUGGGUGUCUUUCAUCCUCGCCUGGGUCCCCUUCUACGGCUACAUCCGCUUCUUCUUCUUCCUCUACCUGAUUUUGCCCCAGACGCAGGGCGCGCGCGUCAUCUACGAGGAGCGGAUCCACCCCUUCCUUGAGGAGAAUGAGGGCACUAUCGACAACUUGAUCGCGAGCACUCACGAUCGCCUCAAGGUUGCCGGCAUGACAUACUUGCGACGAGCCAUCGAGUACUUGAAGAUAAACGUCCUCGGCCUUCCCCCCUCCGAGGAGGAGGAGCCGCCCGCGCCCGCGCCCGCCGGCCAGCAGGGCUACACCCAGUCGCUUCUCGCCCGGUUUAGUGUGCCGACGGCGAGAUGGACCGGCGCCGCCCACACCGGGAGCGACUUUUACAACUUGCUCGCCAACGCCGUCUCCGCCGCCACGGGCGCGACCGGCGGCGCCAGCGGCAGCAGAGCCGCGCCCGACUCGGGCACGCUGAUCCCGCCUAAUCUGCGCGACUCGGCCGAGAAGAUGAACUUCAUCGCCGCCCAGCGCGAGCGCCUGAGCAUCGUGCUCUCGGCCCUCGACCGCGAAGCCCAGGAGAUCCAGCGCGACGCCGGCGACGCUCCCCCCGGCGCCUUCGCCCAGGGCCAUCAAGACAAUGACGCGUCGAGCCGCCGACGGUCGAGUGGACUGAGCAAGAGCCGUAGCGAAACCGACUUUGAAAAAGUCGAGGCCGAGAGCGGCGCCGAGGGCGAGGAUGAGGGCGACGGCUCCCUUCGGCGUCGGCAUGCCUCGGGGACUGGUGGCGGGCCCUGGUUAUCCUGGGGAUGGGCCAGCGGAGCCGGCACCCCCAAAGGCACCUCGCGGGAGGGAUAG